GCAACAUGUCUGGAAGAGAGAGGUCACGCGAGGGAGUCCGAUCCGGUGAAAACUCAGAGAAGCUCAAGGGAGGAGAAGAAGCGGAUAUGUAUGACACUAAGCUCGGUGUAUGUAAACUACAGGACACGCGCAGUGUAUGAAUUACAAUCAUUUAAUCGGUGUUUAGACGACUGCUGCAGAUCUGUGAUAAAGUGAGGAAGUGAAGAUAUCUUUUCCUCAGUGGGAACUUAUGAAGCAAGACCAAUUAAAUAUCCUUCUCAAUCUGCCUGUGGACCAAGCGCAGCUACAGCUUGAGGAUAUACUGGAUUUCAAAAACCACCAAACAUGUGUGAAAGAAGCUGCGCUGUUGGAGUAUUUUGUCAGUGGAUUUUGUUGGGCCAAAGAGAUGAACUUCAAUUCAAUUCAGAUCUCAUUUAUCAUGGCACUUUUACAGCAACUGCUUGACAACAUCAAAAAUAAACAGUCAUCAUUUGCUGAUAAUUUCAAGGCGUUUACCCAAACAGUACUUGCCGCAAGACAAUCUCCAUCAACAGAAGCUGAAACCGUCUUUUUAUUCACCACCGAUCAAAUCAAAGCCACCACGGAUUACUUCAAGUCCAGUCUUUUUCAGCACUACAGACUAUAUGAAUUACUGUUCACGCAUAGCAGAGAGAAGCAGCUCCUGAAAAUAGAGAAAUGCAUCGAGGUGAUCGACCCCGCUGAGUUUGCCUCCCCGCUGGAAGAAGGCAUGCCUGCCGACCUGUACCUCCGUUACGUGGCUCCCCCGCGCGCCCGGACCCCUGAGCAGACUGUGCAGGAAUCUCUCGAAGAGAAUGUCGAAGAGCCUGGAAAAGCCGAACUGGAAGAAAGUCCGGGGAAUCACGUGGGCUACAGCGUGGAAGAUGUUCGAGAGGCGCUGGGGGAAAUGACCCAGGAGAUGUUAGCAAAACUGCAGGCCGACUUCACAGAGAAGCUGCGAGUUCACGAGGAGACCUACAUCUCGAGGUUAGAACGACUUCAAAAAGCCUCUUCCAAAUAGCACUGAUGAGACGCCAAGAGGAUUUCCCACCAGUAUUUACUAAUUCAAUCAGAACAAGUCCGAAAAUAACGCAGAAUAUGGCACUGGCGGUUCAUACGCCCGAAUGCAGAACAUUUUAUUCACUUCGGUUGCGCUUAUGUCAAGCAAACCCGCUUCAUCAAAGAAAUGAGACUUUUUGGUGACGUUCCUGAUUUAUUCAGCACGAUAAAAUGAUGCAGAUAAAUUUCAGGAUCAUAUUCAUGGACGCCGAGGAGGGAACAGAAUAUCUAAUUAAGUUGUUUGUAUAAGGUUUUUGUGGCACCUUUCCCACAAGUCAUUAGCUGUCUGAAAGUAGCCCAGCGCUAUGGCAACGCUGUGUAACUCAGCCUAAAUAGCUGAGUUGCCAUAUAAAGUGAUGUAUUAUUAAAGCUGAAUAGUGACUUUUCCACUGCAUUUGAGAAAGCCCACAUAUAACUAUAAAUAUCCCCCGCAGUACAUAUAAAAGAAUGCUGAUCAUUUUUUUUUUUUUUUAUCUCUAAGCUCUUAUUUUCCAUUUACAGAGCAUAUUAUUUCACAUCACAGGGCACAUUCUGCAUACGGAAUCCCAUCAAAGAAUAUUAUUGUUAUUAUAAAGAUGAAUUAUUAAUUUAGCGUAUGUCAUUCAACUCUCGCUGCGCAUUUAAUACUUAACCAGAUUAUGAUUGAUGGGUAAAACAGGUCCAUUUAAUCAGCGCAAUAUCAAAUUACAGCAAUAUUCCUCCAUGCCUCCGUGUUGUUUUACGGCCUGUUGAUUUAGCUCUUCAUUAGCCUUUCCACCCCCGUGUUGACAUGUGACGGGGAAGUUAGCUGCUUACCCGGGAACGUGUUCAAACAGUUAGAGGGUCGUUUUGGAGCUGUCCUUUUUGUUUCCAAACUAAUUGAUAGAGUCAUUCCUGAGCCAAGAGCUGGAUGACCUUUCAGCUCAUACACUACAACAGUCCCUCUGCUGGCCAAUGGAGUACAUUAAAGAAUGUCUUCCACCCUGCUGGAGAACUGGAUAGCUUUUAUAGAGCCCAUUGUGGCUUUUACUUUAGGUUUAUGGGGUCACCUGCAUGCUAGUGUACACUUGAGGGUUAACAAAUCUUACAAACCUUUAGCAGAUAUAUUUAAAAUAUUGAAUUUUAUUAUUUAAAAGAUUUAAAUUGUACAGAUGGGAAGAAAAUGCACCAUUAAAGGCAUACA